UGUCAAGAGUGUAUCAUAAAAAUCAAACUAUAUUUUUUACUUCCUUGAUUACUAGUUUGUUUUGUUUGUUACUAUAUUAUUGUAUUUUAAAAUUUACACAAAUGAUCUCACGUAAAGGACAAAAAACUGUGAAUGAGGGUGUGGUUGGGAAAUACAUAAAAAAAGAUACUCCUCCAGAUCUACCAAUAAUUAAUGUGUGGACUACUAGUCACAAUAGAAGGCCACGCAGCCAACCCUUUGGUGUAAGUGAUAGUGCCUCUCAAAGUCACGAAAACAAAUUUGGAAAAGCUCAAACAAUGAGUGGACAUGCUGGAAAGUACACUCCCAGUGAAUCAGUUCCAAAUUUAACUCAUAGACUGGCAACUCUGUCUACUAGUGAUACUGCUAGUACUUCAAGCUAUUACAACUCUCAGUUUCAACUUGAUUCAAAUGUGGCUUCUCACUCAACUCUGAAUGAGAUAGAUGAUUCCUUCAGCCGCCAGCCUAGCUACAGGUACUACAGGCAACAGCAAGAAGACCCUAUAUAUCAGAAUCAGCAACAGGUGCAGCAACAGAAGCAGCAGUACGGCUCCCGCGAGUCCAGCAUCCCGCGGCUGGCCUCCAACCUCAGCCUCGCGCGGAUGCAUCCGCCCUCGCCGCACGCCAUACGACUACACACCUGCACUGAUUCUUACACCACAGGCAGUCAGUCGUCUCCGAUCUACUCCAACUACGUCAGCACUCCGGCGCUGCCGUAUCCCAGCAAACCGCACGGCAGCAGCAUCAUCUCCGCCAAUCAAGCAUCGGAGGAAUGUGAGUUGCCGCUGCCGCCGGGCUGGUCGGAGGACCGCACGCUGCGCGGCCGCCGCUACUUCAUGGACCACAACACGCAGACCACGCACUGGACGCAUCCGCUCGAGAGCGUGCCUAGACCCUGGCAGCGAGUUUCUACCCCGCACCAUGGCGUUUACUACUUCAACGAGAUGACGCAGCAGACGACGUACGCGCACCCGUGCCUGGUCGGCGGCUGCGUGGUGCUGAGUCCGUACGUGUCCGCGCUCGUGCCGCCCUGCCUCAUGGAGGAGAUCCCGCAGUGGCUGGCCGUUUACUUCCGAGCCGACCAAGAGCUGGACCACAAGCUGCGCUGGAACAUGUUCCGGCUGAGCGAGCUGGACUGCUACUCCGACAUGCUGACGAGGCUCUACAAGCAGGAGCUGCAGCUUAUCGUCAUGAAGUACGAGCAAUACAGAUCUGCAUUAUUACAAGAAAUAGAAAGAAGGCGACACGCCGCGAAUGCCGUGACUUACCACACGCACAACAAUUGCUGAAAUAGUUCGUAAUAUCAUUUGCCUUACUGAGCUGUGAUCAUCUAUUUGUAAGAUAUAAUUAUAAGUGUAAAGGCUGAUUUACACUAAGCGGAUAAAAUGAGCAUUCGCUUGCUUGAUGUAAAUGCACCCUGAUAAUGACAUGAAGUAAUAUUUGAAGUACUUCUAUGCCUAUAUUUUACAUUUGUUUAUGACCAAGUUCCUCUUGAAUAAUAUAUCUGAAGUUCUUCCAUGCCAGAAGAUAGGUUAAAUAAUCCGCUGUAUUGUCAUCUCCUUUUCUGAGCCAUAUAGAAUAACAGGAAAGGUCUCGAACCACUUUUUCUAUUGAUUUAUUAACACAAUCUUGACUAUGAUGUUUUAUUAUUGAUAUUAUAUGUUACAGCUAAACUACACCUAGGCUUAGCCAUUUAGCCAAAGAUAAGCAGGCUAUACUUAUGUUAUCCAACUGAGACUAGCUGCAUCUAGAUGUAGCCACACAUUGGGCUUUAGCUGUAAUAUACAUUUUAAAAUCAAAAUACAAGUAUUAUACUAGUUAUUUGUAAAGUAUAAAAUUUAUUUCAAGACAUAUACAUUGUUCAUUGUUUUUAAAUAUAGUUAAGAAUCACCUGUUGGUGAGACUAAGAGUUGAAACAAUGUUAAAGUGAUAUGCUGAUAGCUAUUUGUUUUGAAUUUAACUUUUCCAACAGAGAUAAUAUGGAAAUGAAGCAUGGCAGCUACAGCAAGGUAAUGAAAUGUUAAAAUCAUAGUUUUUCGAAGGUGCAGACUGACACUGAUACAAGUGGAAAUAUUUUAAUUUUGAUCUAAGAUCUGCAGUAAAUUGUCUUUUAAGUAUGUAGGUAUAUUUUAAUAUUUUAUUAUUUAAGUUGACAUUUUAAUAUAAGAGCUCAAGUUCCCCAAUUAGGCAUAAUAAGUACUUUUCCAAUAUUUAUACUAGAAUAAAAUGAAUUAUAUUUUAAUAUGAAAUUGAAUAUUUAUGUCAAACAAUUGUGCCUUAGAAUAAAAUUAUUUACACAAAUUUAUACUUUCUAUUCAUUUGGCAAAAUACCUUUUGUUCUAGUUUUAUAUAUUUAUAUGUGAAUACAAUUUUUAUUCAGGUCAAUAAUGUAGUUUAGUAAUUCAAGAGCAUUACAAAGGCACUUUUUCAUGUCAUAAAAAAUCUAUGAUGAAAACAGUUUUUUAAAUUGUAUGCUCUAGGAAAAUAAUAAAAUAAAAUUUUGAAAUAACUUUUAUUAAGUCAUUGCCAUAAACAAUGGUCGCUGUCUAAAAUGUUUUUUUUUUGCUAAGAUAGUCACCAAAAUAAAAAAUAAUCAUCUACCCUAUUCUCAAAGUUACACGCUACUAGCUUUCUAGUAACUAAUACAUUGUUGGUACCUGUCAUUGUUUAUUUACUGGAAUUACCAGUUUGACAGAGAGAUAAUAAUAACCAACAAGUUGAAGAAUUUCAUGCUCUUGUGUCUAGGUAAUUAUUCUUGUAUAUUAUUGGUAUAUGAGUAAACAACAAAUAAAGAACAAAUAUUAAAUACUUUAUUUACAACAAAUCUAUUUAGAUUAUGAAAUUAUUUCUUAAAGUGGUUGCUUCUAGUCUUGGGUUUCAUUAUCAUUAGCUUCAUUAUUAUUGUUGAAAACACUUUCUCCAUCAACUAUGUCAUACUCAUCAACUUUAGUAAAACCAGAUAUUCUGUA